AUGGAAGCUUUCAAGCUGCUGUUCAUGUGCGUUGGAUUCGUCACGACAGUCGAUAUUUUCGUGAAAGUGCAAUUCGAAGGCAGUGCUGUGGUGACGUCAUACCGCCAUGAGGAAACGAUCACGGCAAGGAAUGAGCUUGAAUUGAGAGAGAAAUUGACUAAAACGCUGCAAAACGCGUUGCUGGAUAAACAGAUUGAUGAAGUUACAAUAACAGCCGAUGUUUACCAUGACAACAAGUUUUAUUCAACCCAAGUCACCAAGUUUGACGCAACAACUCUAAAUGGACUGGAUGAAACGACUCUCGUUACCACUGCCAAAGGCAAUGACAUCACCGAAGCCAAGUUUGAGGCAACAACUGCAAAUGAACUAGAUGACACGACUUUCGUUACCACUGCUAAUGGUAAUGACAUCACUAAAGCCAAGUUUGACGCAACAACUGCAAAUGAACUUGAUGACACGACUCUCGUUAGCACUACUAAUCGUAAUGGCAUCACUGAAGCCAAGUUUGAUGCAACAACUCCAAAUGGACUAGAUAAAACGACUCUUGCUACCACUACUAAGGGCAAUGACAUCACUGAGGCCAAGUUUGACGCAACAACUCUAAAUGGAAUGAAUGAAACGACUCUCGUUACCACUGCUAAUGGUAAUGACAUCACUAAAGCCAAGUUUGACGCAACAACUCCAGAUGGACUGGAUGACACGACUAUUGCUACCACUACCAAGGGCAUUGACAUCACUGAAGGCAAGUUUGACGCAACAACUCCAAAUGGGUUGGAUGGCCCAACAUCCGUUACCACCACUAAAAGUGACGACAUCACUAAAGCAAUUACGUCAUCUGCAACAAGUAGUAUCAAAGAAGUUCAUGACGUCACAACAACAACUGUGCUUGAAAACGUGUUCACAACUCGAUCAAUCACUUCAAUUGCUUCCACUCAAUCGUUAAAGAAGUCGACUUCGACUGUGAACACAGAAAAGUGCGACGUGACUUACAAGUCAAAAUGCUUUCGAGUAGUUCGUUCAACUGCAGUUGUCUCAGCUGGAAAUGCUGAAUUUCUUUGUAAAAACAAGCUAGCUAAUAUUUAUGACUUUACACACCUCAACCUUCUAAAAAAAUAUCUACGACCAAUGAUUCCCGCUGGAUUAUCAUGGAUAGGAGUUUGUACGGGAAUGACUUAUAAGGACGGUAAGCUUUAUGCGACAAAUGGUCAAGCUGUUUCUUUGUCAUCGGAAGCUUGGCACCAAAGUUAUCCUUCUUCCGAUAAAUCGAGGCUAAAUGUUGGUGUUGGAGUCAAUAUAACCCCUGAAUCCCAGAGGCAAGGGCUUUUUAAUGCCCUUUCUUCUCGACAAUAUUUCGGAGCCCUAUGUGAAUAUGGAUUAUAACUUUGAAUGUUUACUGAACAUUAACACUGUAAAAUGAUUGAAUUUAAAAGUAAUUGUUGCCCACAUAUGUCAAUCAAAACUUCAACUUUGGCAUACGAUACAGAUGGGCUGCAGGACUACUACAAAUCAAGUGUAUAAACGGUUACUUUACCGAUGCCUUUGUUGUUGAACUGACACUUUGAAAAUCAACUUUUUUUUGCUCUUUUGGCUACCAGAUCCCCCAUGGGCUCAAACACAAAUAAAUAGGUUCUGACAGAGGCAUGUUAAAAGGUUAUAUAUACACGUGACAUUUGGAUAAGCUUCAAAAUUUAUGUUGAUAAGAGAAAAGCUAAUAAAUCGGUGACCACUUUUCCA